AGGCCGUCCCGUGGCCCCGCCGGAGCGCUCGGCCUUGGCGGCGGCAGCGAUCGACGGCGCGUCUCGGCCCGUCCCGCCAUGAGCAGCCCCGAUGCGGGCUACGCCAGCAGCGACGACCAGGCACAGGGGCGGUGCUCGCUGCCCAUCAUGAUGCCGGCCAUGUGCCCGUGGACAGAGUCGCUGAGCCCGCUGGGCGAGGCGAAAGCGAAGGGCGAGGCGGCGCCGUCGUCGGGGGCGGCGGGCGGCCGCAGCAAGAGCGAGGCGCGGAUCCGGCGCCCCAUGAACGCCUUCAUGGUGUGGGCGAAAGACGAGCGCAAGCGGCUGGCGCAGCAGAACCCGGACCUGCACAACGCCGAGCUCAGCAAGAUGCUGGGUAAAUCGUGGAAGGCGCUGUCGCUGUCGGAGAAGCGUCCGUUCGUGGAGGAGGCGGAGCGGCUGCGGGUGCAGCACAUGCAGGACCACCCCAACUACAAGUACCGGCCGCGGCGGCGGAAGCAGGUGAAGCGCCUGAAGCGGGUGGAGAGCGGCUUCCUGCAGCACGGCUUGGCGGAGGCGGCGGCGGCGGCGGCGGGGCCCGGGCUGGGCAGCGAGGUCGGCGGCGGCGGCAGCGUCGGCGGCAGGAUGUGCGUGGAGGGGCUGGGACUGCCCUACGCCGAGCAGGGCUACGGGGCGGCGGGCGCGGGCCACUACCGGGACUGUCCGCCGCUGGGCGCCGCGUUCGACGGCUACAGCCUGCCGACGCCGGACCCGUCGCCGCUGGACGCGGCGGAGAGCGAGGCGCCUUUCUUCGCGGCGGGGCUGCAGGAGGAGUGCGCGCUGGUGCCCUACGGCUACGGCCCGCACCCGGCGGCCGCCGAGUACCCUGCGGCGGGCGAGAGCCCGUCGGGCGCGUCGCUGCGGCGGCACCUGGCGCCCGGCGAGGCGCUGGGGCCGGGCGGGUCGCUGCAGGGGCUGCUGGGCUGCCCUGCGCCGCUGCACGCGUACUACGGGCAGGCGUGCCAGCCGCCUGGCCCCGGGCGCGGCCCGCCCCCGCCGCUGCCACCGGGGCCGGUGGGACCCGUGGGACAGCCAUCCCCGCCUCCCGAGGCCGCGCCGUGCCGGGACCAGCUGGAGCAGCUGCCGCCCGAGGAGCUGCUGGGCGAGGUGGACCGCACGGAGUUCGAGCAGUACCUGCGCUUCGCCUGCAAGCCCGAGCUGGGGCUGCCCUUCGCCGGCCACGACGCGACCGGGCUGGCGGCGCCCGACGGCUCGGGUCCCAUCUCGUCAGCCGUCUCGGACGCCAGCAGCGCCGUGUACUACUGCGGCUACCCCGACGUGUGA